AUGCAAUUCAUCAAGGAUCACUGCAGCUUACCAGUUCCUCGAGUCUUUGCUUAUGAAUUCGACGAGAACAAUCCAGUGGGCACCGCUUUUAUACUGAUGGAACUUCUCCCCGGUAGCGUCGCUAUGGACGCUCUUGGCGGCUACGAAGCGAAUCGUGGUGUGAUUCCUAAAAAGCACCGACAAAAUUUCUACCGAUCUAUUGCGAAGUAUCAUGUCCAAUUAAGUUCUUUACGACUACCAAAAAUAGGGACGAUUAUCCGUAACCGCGAAGGUAGAUACGAGUGUGGUCCUUUGCCAGGACUUGGCGGUCCGUUUGACACAGCAACUGCAUUCUUCGAGGCGUGGGCCGACAGCGUCACAUUCAAGUGGGACGAAGAGACAAUUACACGUAUGAUGCAAAGAGGGCCAAUCCCAGCAGAACAGAUGGUAGCGAUCAUCCAGAAUUUCCCGGCGCAGAUCAAAGCGAUAGCUAGCCGGCUAUCUUUGUGUGACAAAGGACCAUUCCCUCUGGCCCAUGAUGACUUUCUCCACAGUAACAUCAUGGUGGACGAGAGAAAUUUCGAUGUUACGGGAAUCAUCGAUUGGGAAGGUGCUCAUACAAUUCCCUGGGAACUGAUUGCGUUCCCGGAAUUCCUUACAGCUAUGCCCGUCUCCUUCGACCUGCCUCAAAAAUACGACCGGGAUGGGCAACCAUUUGAUGAAGAACUACAAGAAAUGUGGCGAGAGCGACGAGAGUAUAUUGAAAUGGUAAAAUUAGCCGAGCUCGAAGAUAGCCUACUAUCAACUUGCCUUAGCAGCAAGAGGAACCAAGCUAUAGCUUAUUCUUAUGGAGCGUAUACUAGUGUUGGAAAGCUUGGUUUCUAUGAUCGUGUUAUGAAAGAGUUAGAGAGUGGGGAAUUAACCUCUAAUAGCAACGGCGACUCUUGA